AUGAAACGUAAAUCCUUGCCGCCUCUUCUGCCUCCAGUUCCAAAAAGCCCUGCGUACAGCCUGUCUAACCUCUUCGCUUCGUUAUUCGGCAAGGUGCCAGCAGGUGAUCUACAAAAGAAGUGGUCCACCACCUACAGUAAAAUGCUGGAACUUUCGGAAGUUCUCGAAAGAAAUGAAAAGUUGCCAGGAGCGCGGGUGUACAACAUGCGUGCGUACGAUCUCGUCAUGGAUAGCGACAAGAAUAAACCGCGGAAAGCGACUCAGAAGUAUGCACCACCCGAACUGAAGACGAUGUUUGAUUUUGUGAACUCCUUCGAUGGAGAGCCGUCUUCGCGGUUUCUCAGUCCACGAAUCGCUCCUUUGAUUCCAGAAAAACGGCAAACGAAAGGAUUUUUGUCGCCUUCGCUAUUUCCAUUCUAUAAAGAUAACACCGAAGAACAAAUACUGCCGAUUCCUAAGGUAAGAAUGUUACGGUUCGAACUUUUCUCAGGAUUUCUGGUGCUAGAAGAUGUUGGCCUGAAGGAAAAAGACCGAGAAAAAGUGCUUCAUACCAUCAUGGAGGUUACAGGUGCUCGAGAAACGAUGGACAAAGCGAUGGUGGCAAUGCUGAAAGAGUACGAUGUAAUGCCCAGAGUAAACCGUGAAGAAGCCCUUUGGGAAGCGAUUGGAAAAAUCGCUGGCAAAAUGCACCGCCAAAAACGACAACUCAAAGCACUGCAACCAUCAUUUCUUAGUCCUGCAAUCUUCACUCCAGUAUAUGGACCUUCAAUACUCGGCCCAGUUGCGCUUUCACCAAGUCUUUUCUCGCCGGUCUUUCUGGCACCGAAUGUUUUAUCACCAGGCGCUCUAUCACCGGGUAUCGGGAACCCAGUUUUUCUUUCACCAUUCGUUCUUUCACCCGAAGCUUUAAGUCCAUCCGGUCUGGCCGCUACCGUUUUGUCUCCGAAUGCGCUAUCACCGAGUAUUCUCAAUCCAUCCUUUCUUACUACAUCUAUUCUAAGUCCAUUCGCACUCUCACCUUCUAUUCUUUCACCAUCGGUGCUUGGCGCUUCGGUGCUUUCACCAAAUGCUUUUUCACCAGAUGUUCUUUCUAAGAGUUAUCUCCAUCAAAGUGUACUGUCUCCAAGCUUUAUGUCGUGA